CGAGGUGUCCUGUCAACAGUUUAACAGACGUCUCUUUUACAAUAGUGGUCUAUGGGGGAAAUGUUUUUUGGGCCGCAGGGGGAUUUUUCAUUGCAGUGGCCAGUGGGAAAAACUGGCUGCAAGGCAGAGCGGCGGCGCCCUAUCCAGCUCUCAUACAUCAAUGGGACUUAUGAUCGGCUGUAGGGGCACGUCACUCUUAUCUUGUCGAAUCAGCGAGCUACGUGUAGCACGCUGAGGGUUCACAGGUCAGGGGUUGCCAAGGAGAGAGGAAGAUGGCGGCAGGCAGACUGAACGGUUGACAACGCUGAAACGGAUUUAGCAGGCAGAUCAUACUUAAGACUAAAGCGCCUGUACAGCAGAUUCUGACCACGAUCCUUUAGGACUUUACUUCGAAGGAAUAAGGAGACUAAUGGCGCUGCUGUACGACUUGUUAUGGCGGCUCUUGUUGGUUCUGGUCCACGUCAACAGAGCGCUCGUCUCCUGGCUCCGUGUCCGGCUACGGAGCUGGAAGGGCCGGCUGUGGGAGCGGGCGAUGGCUGCUCUGCUGCUGCCGUUAGCCUUGGCUGGGUUCCCGGACCACCAGAAGAAGUUAAAUCAUAACCCUGACACUAACGCUAACCCGGUAACUGGAAACCGCAUUGCCAGUCGCCGGUUACGGUGGCUGUCUGACGGCAGGUCUCUGGAGAAGAUGCCGGUCCACAUCGGCCUAUUGGUAGCGGAAGAAGAGCCCAGUUAUACGGACAUAGCCAACCUGGUGGUCUGGUGUAUGGCUGUCGGUAUAUCGUAUGUCAGCGUCUAUGAUAAUCACGGGAUUUUUCGGAAAAACAAUUCCCGUCUGCUGGAAGAGAUAGUGAAGCAGCAGCAGGACCUGCUGGGAGUCGAGGGAUCCAAAUACAAUGUGGAAUUCCUGAACAACUGCAGUGACAAACAUCAGCACCAUGUGGUGUCCUGCAGGCCCACAGUGAAGGUCCUGUCUCCAGAGGAUGGGAAGCAGAGUAUUGUUCAGGCAGCACAGCAGCUCUGUCGCUCUGUGGAAAACAAAGAGAGGAGCUCCAAAGACAUCAGCGUCUCCAUGCUGGACACACUACUCAGAGAGUCAAAGAAUAUUCCAGAUCCUGAGCUGGUGGUGAAGUUCGGUCCGGUCAACAGCACACUGGGCUUCCUCCCCUGGCACAUCAGACUCACUGAAUUCAUCUCCCUGCCCUCCCACCGAAACGUCUCCUAUGAGGACUUGUUGGGUGUCCUGCAGCGGUAUGGUGUGUGUCAGCAGCGGCUUGGCCAGUGAUGUGCAGGCCGGCGUCAAGGUCUUCACACAGGAACAAAUGUGGUGUUCAUACAGUCAGACGAGAGGUGGGGGCAGGUGGUAAUUGCUCGAUACCUCGCUGUGUCCCUCAUGACUUCUCCUCCUGGAUCUCUAACAGACUAAGACAGCUCAAAGACGAGGAAACCAGGAGACAUAGCCAGUCAGCUGACUUCCUGCCACCAGCUCUUGUCUUAUAAUAAACUCACAUUCCAGAACUUCUGGAACAGGCUCUCCAAGAGAGAAAAAUGGCACAUCAGAGACAUGCACUGACAUGAGAAGACUGUCUAUAGACUCAGUGUACCACAAACCCUGUUUUGUCUUCUCAGACCCUCUGGCUCACUGUUUAUCAUUCAGUCUCCAGCUGCUGUUUACUGCUGAAGCCUUCACUCAGCAGACAACAAAGAAGAAACAAGGCUUUGUGCCCGUCCUCGUGAAGCAUCCUGGGAAAUAUAACUGCAUUUAGGGAGAAGCUCAAUCACCAACAACACUUGAGCUGCACAGAGUAAGUGGAGCUGAGGGACCGAGUGGUUAAUGAUGUGUAAAUAUGAAAAAUUCAUGUGGCUCUGUGUUUGUCCCUUUGGCCUCCAGCUUGCGGUCAUGUGUUCAUGUGUAGUGUUGCCUCCCAACACGUACAGAAGUUUGUUUAAGGUUCCUCUUUGACUGAUCAGAGCCCUGAAAUAAAGAAAUGUGCUGUCUCUGUA